UAGCGGACGUUUCCCUCUUGCUUUUAUUGUGAAAGUAUCAAGCUAGUAGGCGUGUCCCGCAUCCUCCCUGCCUUCUUAUUGGUCCGUUCCGUGUCGCCACCGGGAUCGAGAGGAUGAGUCGUGUUGAUUUCAUAAGUCAUCAUGGCGCUGCCGUCUAUGGGCAAAGAACAUCCGUAUCGCCAUUUAAUCGACUCGCUGUCAGAUGACGGAAACCUCAAGUUCUUCAAUCCGCACAAACUAAACGAUCCAAGAUAUGUCAAGCUGCCUUUGUCUAUCCGCGUCUUACUGGAGGCAGUCAUCCGUAAGUGCGAUGGCUUUUACGUCACAGAGGAUGACGUCCAGAACAUUUUGGACUGGGAGAAGCAGCAGGCUUCCACUGAGGUGCCGUUCUUGCCAGCGCGGGUCCUCCUGCAGGACUUCACUGGGAUCCCUGCCAUGGUGGACCUCGCAGCCAUGAGGGACGCGGUGGCCAAACAUGGCGUGGACCCCGGACUGGUGAACCCCAAAUGUCCCACUGACCUCAUUGUGGACCACUGUCUGCAAAAAGACUACAGCAAGUGUGCCAUACAGAACGCUCCGAACCCCGGCGGAGGAGAAGGCGCUCCGCGGCCGCCCCCUUCCAAGCCUCUGGCGCGAGGGGGCUCCCACUGCGGAGGCCAGCGUGGCUCUUGCGGCAAAACGGCCUGCAACGAGCCGCUUUCGUCGACGGGGGGGCCGCCUCGCGCCUCGCUGCAGCAGAUCGAAAACACGCCGCUCCUCUGCCCCUUCCACCUGAAACCCGUUUCGGAAGGCGAUGCGUCAUUGAAGAAUCAGGAAAUGGAGCUGAGCAGAAACAAAGAGAGACUUCAGUUUUUUAAGUGGUGCUCGAAAGCCUUCAAGAAUGUGAACGUGGUCCCGCCGGACGUCGGUGCCGUCCAUCAAGUCAAUUUGGAGUAUCUCUCGCGAGUGGUUCACGUCAGCGACGGUUUCAUCUACCCGGACAGCGUGGUGGGCACCGAUUCGCACACCACCAUGAUCAACGGCCUGGGCGUCCUGGGCUGGGGUGUGGGCGGAAUCGAGUCGGAAGCGGUGAUGUUGGGCCACCCCGUGUCUCUGAGCCUCCCUCAGGUGGUGGGCUGCAAAUUGGUGGGCUCCAUUAACCCCCUGAGCUCCUCCAUCGACAUCGUCCUUGGUAUCACUAAGCACUUGCGACAAGCCGCCAUCGCCGGUAGGUUUGUCGAGUUUUUCGGACCCGGCGUGUCGCAGCUCUCGGCGCCCGACCGGACCACCAUUGCCAACAUGUGCCCAGAGUACAACGCCACCGUCAGCUUCUUCCCGGUCGACCAGGUCACCAUUAAGCACUUUAAAAAGACACACUUUUCCCAAGAAAGGCUAGAGUUGCUGGAGUCUUAUCUGAAGGCUGUGAAGCUCUUCAGAAGCUACGAGGAGCCUGCAGAAGACCCCCAGUAUUCUGAGGUCAUCGAAAUCAACCUGAGCGCCAUGUUGCCGCACGUCAGCGGGCCCAAGAGGCCGCAGGACCGCGUGGCCGUCUGCAGCAUGAAAGAAGGAUUCCAGAGUUGCUUGGAUGAGAAGCUGGGCCCCAGAGGCUUCAAUAUCUCCAAGGACAAGCAGGACGUCCGCGUUCCCUUCCUGCACGCCGGUCAGGAGUACCAGCUGGCCCACGGCUCGGUGGUCAUCGCCGCCGUGAUCAGCUGCACCAACAACUGCAACCCCUCCGUCAUGCUGACGGCAGGCUUGCUGGCGAAGAAGGCGGUGGAGGCGGGGCUCCUGGUCAAGCCGUAUAUCCGGACCAGCCUGGCGCCGGGAAGCGGCAUGGUCACGCACUACCUCAGCGCCAGCGGGGUGCUGCCCUAUUUCAGCCAGCUGGGCUUUGAGGUGAUCGGUUACGGCUGCGCCACCUGCGUGGGAAACACGGCCCCCUUGCCCGAAAGUGUGGUGAACGCCAUCAAGCAGGGUGAGCUGGUGGCGUGCGGCGUCCUGUCUGGCAACAGGCACUUUGAGGGCCGCCUCUGCGACUGCAUCCGGGCCAACUACCUGGCCUCGCCGCCCUUCGUGGUGGCGUACGCCAUCGCUGGAACCGUGGGCAUCGAUUUUGAAAAGGAACCCGUGGGGUUGACUCCGGACGGGAAGGAGGUGUUCCUUCGCGACAUCUGGCCGUCCAGGGAGGAGGUGCAACAGACGGAGGAGGACACCAUCAUCUCCUCUGUCUUUAAGGAACUCAAGGCGAGAAUGGAGAAAGGGAACACGUUCUGGAGCAACAUCGAGUGUCCCGACACGGUGGUCUUUCCCUGGGACGCCAAGUCCACGUACAUCCGCUCGCCGUCGUUCUUCAACAAAUUAAGUAAAGAAGUCCCGCCCCCUCAGUCCAUCGACAACGCUCACGCCUUGCUGUUCCUGGGCGACAAGGUGACCACCGACCACAUUUCACCCGCGGGAAGCAUCGCCCGCGUCAGUGCCGCUGCCAAGUACCUGCUCAGCAAAAGGCUGACUCCUCGUGAGUUCAACUCGUACGGCUCUCGGCGGGGCAACGACGCCGUGAUGACCAGAGGGACGUUCGCCAGCAUCAAGCUCCAAAAUCGACUGGUGGGCAAAGCGGGGCCCAAAACGCUCCACGUCCCCUCGGGCCAAACGCUGGAUGUGUUUGAGGCGGCCGAGCGCUAUCAAAAGGACGGUGUUCCUCUCAUCAUCCUGGCCGGGAAGGACUACGGCUCGGGAAGCUCCAGGGAUUGGGUUGCCAAAGGACCUUAUCUACUGGGAGUCCGCGCCGUCAUCGCCGAAAGCUUCGAGCGUCUGCACAAGAAGCAGCUGGUGGGCGCGGGCAUCCUGCCGCUGCAGUUUGCGCCCGAGGAAAACGCCGACACGCUGGAGCUCGCCGGCACCGAGAGGUUCAGCGUCGUCUUGCCGCAGCGCCUCGCGCCCCGCCAGCAGCUCGCUGUCAAGACGAGCGAUGGUAAAAGUUUUGCAGUGACGGCUCAGUUGGACAACGAGCUGGACGUCAUCUUUCUCCAGCACGGAGGCCACCUGAGAUACGUGGCGCGGACAAUGCUUUGAAACACGCGCACUGGGACUACUUUUAUCGCCGUCUGUCGUCGGAAUGGAUUCCAGGCUGCGUGCCGCUUAUUAUUAGCUUGACUGACUGAAUCGAGGACCUUUUUGUGAAGACCCUUUUUAUUGGGGGGCACUCAAGUCAUCUGAAAUUAUUUGAACUCUCGUCAAAGUGCGGCGAUACAUCCUCACGGAUACACCUUUGUUUUGUCCAUGUUUUAUCAACUGAACAUUUUCCCUCCACCAUAACCCACCCAAUAUGUGCGACUCAUGCAAAAGUCUUAUUGCGCCUUCUGGCUAUUGUUUUCGUUAACGUCAUGCAUUUGUGUUUUGGUUUUUAUGUAAUGUAUAGUGUCAUGAUUUUGAAACGAUUUUGAAUGAUUAGAAAAUAAAGUCACAUCUCCAGUG